AUGAAGCAAGGCGAAGUCAAUUUGGGUACAUCGAUUAUGGCUGUGGCCUAUGCCGACGGUGUCGUUAUUGGUGCCGACUCGCGUACAACUACGGGUGCUUACAUUGCCAACCGAGUAACCGACAAGUUAACCAAGGUGCACGAUCGCAUCUAUUGCUGUCGAUCCGGAUCUGCGGCUGAUACCCAAGCAGUGGCCGAUAUCGUCCAUUAUUAUCUCCAAAUGUACAGUGUGCAAGAGAAUGAGUUGCCCAAGGUGCGUACCGCCUCUGCACUCUUCCAGGAACUUUGCUAUCAGAACAAGGAUGCGUUGACGGCAGGUAUCAUUGUGGCUGGCUGGGAUGAAAAGGAUGGUCCAGCUGUUUACAACGUCCCUCUCGGAGGUUCCUUGCACAAGCAGCCUUUUGCUAUUGGAGGCUCUGGAUCAACAUACAUCUAUGGUUAUUGUGACUCAAAGUACAAGGACAACAUGACCCGUGAAGAAUGUAUCGACUUUGUCAAGAACUCGCUUGCAUUGGCAAUGGCACGUGAUGGCUCCUCAGGUGGUGUUAUUCGCUUGGCUGUGAUUACAAAGGAAGGUGUGGAGCGACUGUUUAUUCCAGGAAACGAGCUCCCAGUUCACUGGCAAGGUUAA